UCUGGUAGUUUCAGCAAUCUGUUUGAGGCAGGAACCGGUGUGAACGCACCUGCAGAUGCCUUUGGUCAGUCUCCAGCUCACUUGGCUGCUUGUGGUGGUGAAGCUUUCUUCCUACUUUGGCAACUGCAGACAGGAGCGAAUUUGAACCAACAGGAUUGCCUGGGAGAAGCCCCGAUUCAUAAAGCAGCAAAAGUUGGGAGUUUGGAAUGUCUUGCUCUCCUUGUUGCUGGUGAUGCCAAAAUUGACUUGUGCAACAACAGUGGACAAACAGCAGCAGACCUCGCACUGGCUUAUGGCUUUCUGGAAUGUGCCAAGUUCCUCACAACCAUUCAGCACACUCAGACAAUGAAACUGAGAGGAGAAUCUGGCUACUCACUGACUGACAAAGGUGGCUUACUGAGAGAGGAUGCAGCUGCACAGAAACAAGAAAGUAAAACCAGCAGAUCCAUAAGCAGGAAGAGGAGAAGAUCAGAGGGUGUGUAG